CUCACACAGGUACAUUCGCACAGUACAAAGUACGAGUGCGGUGAGAUUCCGAGAACAAAGGAAAAACUCGUCACGAUUUCACGAUUUUGCUCUGCUCAACAUGAUUGUUGAACAGAGCCCACCUUCCGAACUUCGUUGGGGAUCCCACAGAAAAGUGAUCCAAUUCAACACCAACGCCGAGAGCAUAGCAGAUCACAAAACACUACAAGACUGGCGACUCUAGCAACGAUGACUGAAACAAACGCAAACAACGCAACCAAUGCAGUCCAAGAAUCCCAGAUCCGGAAGAUGACUCGCCUGGCCAUCGAAUACGGUGCGGUGAACCUCUCCCAGGGUAUGUGGCGUGCUGUCUGACGUGAUGCGAUGUGAUGCGAUGCGAUGACGACUUGGAAUGCGGUGGGAUGGGACGAGGGUUGGGAACAAAAACUUGUUUGGUUGCGAUCCGUAGAUCGACAAUUGGAUUGCUGCCGCAGGCUAUGAUCUUUCCUGUCUUUAUUGACUCAUUGCUGUUCCUCGUCUGGUUCCGCUCUCUCAUUCAGGGUUUCCGAACGAGUCUCCGCCGUGGUGUGUAAAACUAGCGCUUGCGCACGGGGUGCUUUCGGGACGACCCCUCGAGGAACGGAGCGACGAAGGAUCCAGCGACCACGAGGAGCGACUGGCAACAUCCCUGUCGGAGCUCCUGGUUCGGUCGGGGGAAACAUCGUCGCCGGGGCCCGGCGACCAGCUCAACCAGUAUUCUCCCCCCUGUGGGAGGGGCGAUCUCCGGGUUUCGAUCGCGAAGUACUACGAGCGGUUUUACGGCUACGACGGGGUCGGGCCGGAAGACGUGACCGUGACGCUCGGGGCCACCGAGGCACUCGCAUCGGCGCUGCGGACCCUGGGAAAACCGGGGGACAAGUGCGUCAUCUUCGAACCCUUCCACGAGUUGUACCCGUCCCAGUGCAAGCUCUUUUACCUCGAGCCCGUCUACGUGACACUGCGGCCUUCCCCAGCGGCGGGCGGCGGCCCCGAACCGACCACCUGGACCUACGAUCCAGGGGAGCUGGAGGACGCCGUGCGCGAUGCCACGAUCCUGGUGCUCAACACGCCGCACAACCCGACCGGAAAGGUCUUUUCGAGGGAGGAAUUGGCGCACAUCGUAUCGCUCUGCCAGAAAUACGACGUCUACCUGGUGACGGACGACAUCUACGAGCACAUGUGCUACGACCGCCACAGGCACAUCGUGGUCCCCCACGAAUUCCCCGAAAUGGCCGACCGGACCCUCCUGUGCAAUUCCCUGGGCAAGUCGGCCUCGGCCACCGGGUGGCGCCUCGGGUGGUGCGUCCACCCACCCCACCUCCGGAACACCUACCGCGGGAUCCACGACCAGCUGGCCGUCAUGAGCCCCCACCCGAUGCAGUACGCGACCCUCUCCUACAUGGGCCUGCCGGACCGGUACUUUGCCGAUCUCUCCGCCAGGUACGGGCGGCGGGUCGCCAGGCUCGGCAGCGCCCUGGCCAGCCUGGGCUUUGGGGUCGUCCCCCCCCAGGGGGCCUAUUACCUCUUCGUGGAAUACACCACCGUGCCGGCGCUGAAGGGGAUGGCCUCCGGGGACGCCGCGAUGCACCUGCUGGAACACGUCGGCGUAGCGUGCGUUCCCGGGGACAACUUCUACGGGAAGAAAGGAGACGCGACCACGGAGAACAGGUAUCUGAGGUUUGCGGCCUGCCGAUCCGACGACGACCUGGACGAGGCCAUCCGGUUGCUCGAGGGCAAGCUCGGGUAGGAAUCGAUCGCUAUUGCUACUACUAGCUGCUGCUCGGCAGGGAAACGACUCRCAGGGCAGCGGUACAGAACGCACGCACCGUGCUUCUUGCUACACGCAUUCGUUUUUCGGGUUCUACAGAGCAUCGCACUCGCAAGCGGUKGUCGUUGUGAGGCCAAAUCCCGAGUAGAUAGUGAAUAACCUCACUCCUCUACUGUAAACCACGUAUUAACAUGCAGUAGGGAGCCUAUUAACAUUCGCAACUUAUGAGCAACAAAGGCACAUACCUCAACUCAUUAACCAUCAUCGGACCACUAGGAUAGCACCUGCUGCCCAUUCGCAGUCGUGUGCAGUGCAGAGAACCAUCGGUUUGAAAAUAAUUCACAAUUUUAGUA